UCUAGCUCUUAUACAUAGGCUCUCUGACCUGCCUGCUGAGUGCUGUGUGAACGACGUGGUGGAUGUAAGGUCGGAAACGGGGCUCCAGCGAAGGUCAGCAGGUCGACCACCUGGUCUGCUCCACCACAGCGUCAGCUACACAUUGCUGCGCCAGUGCUGGCGUUGGGGUGAACUAACUUGGGGAUAGGUGACUGUAAACGGCAGCUGGUUGUGAAUGCUCCCAGCUUGGCCAUUCUUACUUUCUUGUUCCUAGCGAUUGCUACAGAUUUGAGCCAAGCCGAAUAGCGGGACAGAAAAGCCUAGAAGCCGGCCGUGGAGAACAAAAUGACGCAAAUUUAGGAGCCAACAGAGCCUUGGCUGGAUCCCUGGCUCGACUACGUACCCAACCUCUCCGACAAACCAUCGCGUGGUCACUUGCUGACUAACAUCCGAGGCAAGUCAGUCCGGCGCAGCACGACCCCAGAAGCUACUCUUGACUUGUGCUCGGAGUCGUAGGCGGUUGCUUGAGCCCCGAAGCGCGGGGACGGCCCGUGUUUGUCGUCCGCGAUCCGUUGGAUAAGCGCCAGGCCGAUCAGGGAUUGUGCUCGUCUGUUGGAGGUUCUCGGUCGGUGUGCACGUGUAGUGUGCAAGAAGCAGGGGACAUGGCGUAUCGUCGCUACACAGCCGAGCACAACUUUGCGAAUCGGAAUGACUCUGAAAUCAGCAUGUCCAAAGGCGACUCACUGGUCGUGCGCCCAUUGGACACCGGUGACUGGCCAAACGAGCAAGACUGGAUGAUUGGUCGUAACGAGACCACGGGCGCGAUGGGCAAGUUUCCUGGGAACUACACGAGCCUUCAGGGCGAGUUCAAGGAUCAACCGCCGCGUCCCGCCAAGGAGCUGCCGAACCUGCCGCCGAAGCCCACGCCACCGCCGCCCGCACAGCCCUUACAGCCGCGUCCGCCCAGGCCGGCGCCCGGGGACCGCUCCGUGUCCGACUCCACGGAGCACGGCAGCGGUGGCGGCAGCGCUCCCCCGCCGGUCGUGCCGCGCAACCAGCAGCGCAUAUCUCGCCCUAGCGACCCGGCACCCGUGCCGUACAGACCGCCGCCGCAGCCGACCAGUCCCGGCGGCCAUCAGCUUGUCAACGUCAACAUCAACAAACCGUGCCAGUGUGUCCACUGUGAAGGAUACAUCUGGUCUAAGCUACCGGACAACCAGCCCAACGCGACGGUCUGCAGACGAUGCGGUGUCAUCGCCCACAGUGAUACCUGCAGCAACGUGUUUCAGGCCGACUGCGCCGGUGCACGCCGGGCAGACUCUGGUCCAGUCAGAGUUGGCAGUCGGUGGCUUGAAGAUGUUCUUGCGGAUGAGCGCAUGUCGCCAAACCUCUGGAAUGUCCAGGAUGUGCUGGUCUGGCUGUUUGCAUGCAACCUGGACCAGUAUGCGCCCAUGUUUGACAGCAAUCUCAUCGAUGGCGCUAAACUGCUUCGACUGGUGGAUGCUGAUCUGCAGGGCUUGGGAGUGCCGACACGCGAUCACCGUGACGCCAUUCUGGAGUGCAUACGAGAGCUGUUCUACCAGCAAUCCACACCGAGUCCAGAGCCGCUGAUGCCAACCAGCGGUGCGAGAAACGUCCCGGACGGUCGCUUCAGGCGAACACACAAGAAAGGGAUUGAUACGCGUGCAAACAAUCAUGACUUCCGCUCGCACUCGUUUUUGCCGCCAAGCUGGUGUGACAAGUGUGGCAAGAUGCUGUGGGGUUUCUGCAAGCAAGGAGUCAAAUGUUCAAAAUGUCAAGCAGCGUGUCAUCGGCACUGCGUGACCAGUGAGCUGCCUAUGUGUGAACCAGGAAUGUUCCGCCGCCGGCCCGCAUCAUCUCUUGCAGUUGGUAUGACGCCACAGUUUGGCAGUGAUCUUGAGCACUUGUUCGAUCCGUCCGAGAAGCCUGCUCCACCCGUCGUGAUGAAGUGCAUUGAGGCAGUGGACGCACGAGGUCUCCAGUCUGAGGGGAUCUACCGCGUGCCCGGGAUAAAGAGCGAGAAACAAUCUCUGAAAGAGGAGCUGAACAGAGAUCCAGAUAAAGUCGAUAUCAACGACAAGCGAUGGGCGGAUAUCAACUGUUGGGCGGGCAACAUCCCCGUCUUCUUCGGCUCGCUGCCGAGGCCGCUCAUUGUGUCCGAAAGCUACAAUUCAUUCUUGGAGGCUCGAGGAGAUGCCAACCAGCUGAUGGAGCUUGUACAGGAUCUUCCCGAUCACAACCGCAUCACACUCUACACGCUGAUGCAGCACUUGCAGAGGAUAUUGGCGCAGAAUGUCAAGAAUCAAGUGUCGCUCAUAGAGACGAUGAUUGCGUCGUGCGACUGGACACUGGAAGAUGACUCUGCCGAUGGUCCAGAGCAGCAGGUGACCACUCUAGCCGACGCCGAGUGGUACUGGGGAAAGAUCAGCAGGGAGGAAGUGACAGAGAAACUGCGCGAUACACCUGACGGGUCGUUCUUAGUCCGCGAUGCAUCAAGAGUUCAAGGCGAAUACACACUCACAUUGAGGAAGAGCGGUGUGAACAAGCUGGUGCGCAUCAUGCAUCGCGGUGGCAAGUAUGGCUUCUCCGAGCCGCUCACUUUCAACACAGUGCCUGAGCUGGUGCAGUUCUAUUCGUACCACUCGCUGGCGCACUACAACCCACGUCUUGACGUGAAGCUCAUGUACGCCGUGAAGAGAUUCGCAGAGAAGGGUGAAGACAAUGAGGCCAACAUUCAGAAUCUUCUCAUCCAGCUGCACCAGGCCAAUACAAAGUAUGAUCACCAGAAUACGGAGUACAACGCCUUCAACGAAUCCUACAAUAUAUCACUAACGACUAUUCAAACAUGCCAGUCAAAGAUGGCUUGCUUCACAAACAUCAGCGACAUGCUGACCGACCAGCUGAAACUCAGCGAGAAGCUUAUCCAGCCGUCGGUCAAGCACAACGAGCGAUCAGAGUUACAGAAGAACAAUGUCCUGAUCAAAACCAGACUGGAGACGAUUCGUCAGAGGAAACAGGAGUUCAGCACGCAGCAUCAAGAGGCUAUGUUAGAGAAUCGACGUCUCGACCGCGUCAUGAACACCCUGUCGCCGGAGAUCAUGUGCUUGCAGCGACGGAGGACACAGCUGAUGAUGUGGCUGGGACAGCAGAAUCUCUCCAGCGAGGAGAUUCACCGACGCCUGGGACAGCUGUCCAAGCAGGGUUCGGUCACAAGAGGCGACGUACACCAGCCGCACGCCGAGGAUACGUCUCACCGGGACAAGUCCAAAGAGUUUGAGGAGCUCUACUACUCCACCGAUGACCUCCGCAAACAAAUGGAGAUGCACAUCGCUGAGACACAGAGCAAGCACCGCAAGUAUGACCAGAGCACAUGGUUUGUUGGCAAACUGUCCAGAGAGGAGUCUUAUCAGCUGCUGAGCAAGGGCAAGCGAGAUGGCACAUUCCUUGUGCGCUCACGUGACCCCAAGCAGGGCGACCGACACACGCACACCAUUGACAUAUUCUACAAAUCCAUGAAACAUAUCAAGAUCUACCAUCAAGAGGACGUUGGCUACGGCUUUUCCGAGCCGUUCCGCUUCCCGACCUUGAUGGACCUUGUCUUGAACUACAGCGAAGAGCAACUGGCUCGGCAUAAUUCUGAGCUGCCCACAACUCUUGCGUAUCCUAUCUAUGGCAAGUAAUAGCCGGCGAAUCCCCUGGCUGGUUGUCAGGAUUUGCUUUUAGUUUUUUUUAUUUAGAUAAAUCUGUAGAUGCUCUCUCUCUCUCUCUCUCUCUCUCUCUCUCUCUCUCUCUCUCUCUCUCUCUCUCUCUCUCUCUCUCUCUCUCUCUCUCUUUUCGUAGUGAGAAAGUGCAAGUGUGCAUGUUGAACACCUUUUUUAAAUUUUGUUGCUAUGGUCUGCAAUGCCACAGUAGCUAGCUCGACUUUUCUUUCUUCUCUUCCUCUCUCUCUCUUUCUCUUGCCACAAUCUAAUGUCGUGUUUGCCAGCCAAUGGUUGAAAAGGACGUAGAGUGCAUCAUGGUGUUCAGUAGAUGCAUCAAAUUUCUCUCUCUUUUUUUUUUAAAGGUAUUUGAAUAUUUACUAUUAUCUUUCUCUUCGGAGAGUGCUGGCUCGCACUGGUUUGCACAAGUUGCACAUAAUUUCAAAUGGAAGUGUAGUUUAAUUUUUUAAGCAGAGUGCAAUGUGCAGACCUGAACAUUGUUUUGAAAAUGCAACGGUAGGACUGAGAAACUUACCUUUAAUGACUCAUCACGUUUUAGUUUUUACUCAUACGUUUUACUCUCAUGACUUUUCGGUUACUUUCGAAGUCUCUCGUUCCUGCAUCAUAAUAUUCUAAAGAAAGCCAGAUGUACUUUCGCUCAUAA